CCUCGUUUGAACAAUGGGCAACACGGUCAGCACCACAACUUGCCCAAACUCUUCCGUUGAACACUGAAUUCCAAAUCUCUUCAUCCUUUUGGUCCAAAAACCAUGACCACCCUCACCAAUACCACCGCCUUCCUCCAUGCCAACACCAUCACCUCACCCCACAAUCACCCCCGCAAAAUCUCUCCCCAUAUAGUCUGUGCAACUUUUCCAUCCCGAGACAAUGCCGCCGCUGCCACCACCAAUACCAGGCGGACUGUGGUGACAACAUUUCUAAACACAUCACUAGCUGUCCUGGGCCUGCAGAGCACCCCUCCAGCACUAGCAGAGAAUUGGGGCACGCGUUCUUUUAUAUGGGAGCGUUUCUUCGAGCCCGGUUUGUCGCCGGAGGAUGCUGUAGCAAGGAUCAGACAGACUGCCGAGGGGUUGCACAGCAUGCGGGACAUGUUGGACAACAUGUCAUGGAGGUAUGUCCUGUUCUACAUUAGACUAAAGUCGGCAUAUCUUUCUCAGGACUUGAAGAAUGCCAUGAGCACAUUGCCCCAAGGCCGUGUCCAAGAAUAUGUCAAAACGGCUAAUGAGUUGGUAGACAACAUGGCUGAGUUUGAUAGUUAUGUGCGCACCCCCAAGAUAUAUGAAUCAUACCUCUACUACGAGAAGACACUGAAAUCUCUAGAUGAUCUUGUGGCACUAUUGGGGUAAAAAAAAUGGCAGAUUGCCUCAUGUCGAUUAAAUUUAAGAGCCUUUUUGGGAGUGCUUCAUGACCAGCUUGAAAUUGAUGAGAUCUUCAAUCAAUAUUGUACAAAAUGAUGAUCUUGAAUGUUUUUGUCACUCUGCUAAUUCUUUUGCAGUAUUGCUUGUUAAUACUUAAUACAGUUAAUGCAAGGUG